AUGACCAAUGAGAUUUUAGGAUUGCUCGAAAAGUUGAGGGCAGAGAUGAGGAAGAGAGGCCACGUUCCAGAUAAGAGCUCAGUGAUGCAUGAUUUAGAUGAGCAAGAAAAGAUGCAGCACCUUUGUUUGCAUAGCGAGAAGUUGGCUGUUGCAUUUGGGCUUGUAAAGUUAGUUCCGGGCUCGAUAAUUAGAGUGCUGAAGAAUCUUCGAGUUUGUGGGGAUUGUCAUAUGGUGCUGAAGAUGAUUAGUGAAGAAGUCGGGAGAGUGUUUGUUGUUAGAGAUGCCAAUAGAUUCCACCAUUUUAAGGGUGGAAAUUGCUCUUGUGGCGAUUUGUGGUAA